CGACUCCAUAAUAUUUCAACGAAAUCCACAGAGUCAAAAUCAAAAUCUGAUCCAAUUCAUUAAAAUCCCAGUAUUCGAGUAGCAAAUCGGCACACCACAGGAAAGCAGCAAUGAAGUAGUAACUCAAGCGCUUCUGCUUCUUAAUCUUGAAUUGGUUUAUACAGUGCAAGCCAAAGUAUGUUUAAAAGAAAUGACACCAUUAAGACUUUGUUUAGUGCCGUAGACAUCAAACAUCUCCACCGGGCAAACUUCAAUCGCAGGUUUUAAAACUUCUCUCACACUUGUCAAUUACCGUCUUAUAAUUCCUUUUACAAAAGAUGCUCGCUAAUUAAAUAAUCAUUUCCUUGUCUCAACCCCUUAAGCUAGCUCGUUGUUAGAACUUCUCUCACAUGUAUCUGCACCCUGCCUCUUUUACCAUCGAUGUAGAAUAACCCAGCAAAGUUGAGCAUGCGAAACAAUGUUGUGCACAAUAACUGAUGGAAUGUAAUGAUCCUUAGAUUGGUCGCCUAGCAUGGUAUCAGAUUUCAGUCUCGUGGGAGACUAAACUCAAUAUUUUUAUAUUUAUUAAGGACACAACAAAUUAUGCCCAAAUAUGGGUGUGCGUGAAUCCAAAACGGGUUUUCGAGUGAGGAGAAGUGUUAGAAUAUAAUGAUCCUUGUAAAAAGCUUUUUCUUAAUACCUUGAGGUUUCAUGAGAAUGCAGAGGCACAUUUUAAGAGCAAGUCCAAAAGAUCUCAUGUUCCUAAGUUAUAAUUAGAUGAAUAGAAGAAAAAUUGUGCUCCAACAAUUAUCCUUAAGAGCAAGUCCAAGAGAUGUCUUAUAUGAUGUCUUAAGUAGUAAUUUAGGACAUUUGAUAAAACAAGUUGAUCCAACAAUAUCCCAAUGUCUCAGGGAUGCCUUAUAUCACUAGGACAACCUCUUGCCUUAUUUUGAAGGCAUUUCUUUCCUUGCCAUAUCCCAUAUUUUAUAAAAAAUUAUUAUACAGACUAUUUUCUCUUUCUGCUUUGUAUUGUCCUUUAAUUAAUGAAAGAAAAUAUUUAAAAAUAAAAUAUUAAAUAUAUAGUGAGGAUUGUUGGAGUUGAAGUUAGUUAGAUAUGUCCUAGACUACUAAGACAUAAUUUGUUAUAUUAUAUUUAAGGUUUGAACUGGGACAUUGUUGGACUUGCUCUAAAUUAGGACAAGUCCAAUAGUGUCCUAGUGCGGAUCCUGGUGAUUUGUGAUCACUAUUUUAUAUGUCAGCUCAAUAACAAUCGCUAUAUUCAGUACUCAUCAUCAUCAUCAUCAUCAUAUUUGAACUAGUAAAUGAGAAGUAGAGGAGAUAAAAAAAAUGUAGGGAUAUUAAAAUAGUGGGAAUCAAGAGUGUAAAAAUGAAGAAAAUUAAAUUUUUUAUUCUAGAAAAACAGAUAGAUAAUGGCUAGUGGUUACAUAAAAAUAGGGGAUGACCAAUAAUUUCGAGGAUGUCAUAGUGAUAUAGGGAAUCACUGUGAUACUUUUGGAACACCAUUUUAUGUCACAUUCCCUAUAUCUGAGCUUAGGAGCUCAUACAGGUAAUAUUGUUGGACUUGGUUUAAGGAAGCUAUCUCUUGUCUUAAACUUAUAGUUCAUAAUAAAAUAUUGCAAACGCCUCACUUUCUCUCUAUUGUACAUUGAUUGAAGUACUUUUAAUAAUAAAAUAUCAAAUAAGGAAUAAGAAUAGAAGGAACAUUCUUGGAGAUAAAACUAGUUGUCUAUGUCCUAAGUCACUGGGUUCCAUUAGUCUAUUUAGUAUUUAUAUUUAAGAAAUGAGAUGGGAUACCAUUGGACUUCCAACAAUGGUAAACAAUCUUGGCUUAAUACGCUGGUGCUAAAAAAUCAAAAGCCGUGCAUGGUCAUUAAGCAGUCGCGCAAGUUUCAAAUGUGUCAUACUGUCAUUUGUGUGGUAUUUUGAGUUUCAAUUUGGGAUUAUUGUAUUGCAGACCGAUGUUUCAGAUAUCGUGUUAUUGGGCAUUUAUUACAGCAGUAAACAGCUAGCAUGAUGUGGUUUUUUUUUGUGUAAAUGUAUAAUUUCCUGGGCUGUAAUACAACAUUGAGGAACAUUAUAAAUUGGCAUAGUAAUAGUUGUUUUCUUGCUUAUAUGUUGCAUCUAUGUUAUGCAAAAUGCUCCAGGAUUCAAGUUCUUUAUGUUGCUUUAUGAUGAUCUAAAUCGGAGAUAUGUACUGUUGAUGGUUGGUAUUGUUAAGCUUCUUUCUUUUCAAUUCAUGAUUUGCCUCAGUCUCAAUGCUUAUUAUCUGUUACUUGUAGUCUUGUAGGGUUUCUUUUCUUUUUGGAAACUUUACUUGUAGUCUUUAUAGUUACAAAUCUAUAGUGCGCCCAGAAAAGUCUAUGUUGGUGAUGAAAUUCCAGUCUUAAAUGUAAUAUAUUGUUAACUAAGUAAAGGCUUUUGUGAUGUGAUUAAUUUCGCUGCUUUUGUUAGAUAAUUAGAUGAAUAGCUAAUAACUCAUAUGUUGAUUUUGAAACUACGGACGAUAAAGAAACUUCCUCCAUGCUUAUUUUUAAAUCAAAAAGGAGGACCAGGGUUGACUUGAAAACCCAGGCUGAGAAGAAGUCCUCUUCGAAAUCAGUGGUUGCUGCAAAUUCUUAUAGCCAAGAGGAUUAAAAGUCCCUUUCAAUAAGUGAUCUGGAGAAACAUCCGACUCGUCCAAAGAGACUUCAGGAUGAGGAUCCAGAGCCAAAAAAACACGUGAGGCGGUAUGUGCCUCCAGCAAGCAGUAAUCCAAAGUUUACGAGCGCAAAACAAUCAACAGGUCAUGCUGAGAAGCAAACUGUCAUCAGCCCAUUUGAUAUUUGUACCUGUUAUAGCAGAAAACCUUUGAUGGGUGAAACCAUUAUACCUGCAAGGAACAUCGGAAACCACAUUAAUACUGUAACAAGAGAGAUAUUGCAGCCUGGAAUGGUUCUUCUUACAAACUACAUCUCCUUGCCUGAACAGGUGAACAUCAUCAGUAGGUGCCGUGAAUUAGGCCUUGGUCCAGGGGGAUUUCACCAACCUGGUUACCAAGAUGGAGCAAAACUCCGCCUACAAACGAUGUGUCUUGGUAAAAGGUGGGAUCCUGAGACAAAAUAUGAAGAGCAUGCUCUAGGCAAUGUCCCUAAAACACUUGGUAUUCCUGAUGAAUUUGUUUUAUUAGUCAAGAAAGCACUUACUGAUGCUCAGCUCCUGAUCAAGAAGAAUGAGAAAUUGAGGGAUGUAGAGGAGAUGCUUCCUGGGAUGUCUCCUGACGUAUGCAUAGUCAACUUUUAUACAACUAAUGGAAAACUUGGUCUCCAUCAGGAUCGUGAUGAAAGUAAAGACAGCCUUCGCAAAGGUCUGCCUGUUGUUUCCUUCUCUGUUGGGGACUCGGCAGAAUUCUUAUAUGGAGAUGAACGGGAUAUUAGCAAGGCUGAGAGCAUAUUGCUAAAAUCAGGAGAUGUGUUGAUAUUCGGUGGCAAGUCUCGACACAUAUAUCAUGGUGUUACAUCUAUCAACCCAAAUACAGCUCCUCGAGCUUUGUUGAAGGAGACAAACCUCCGUCCCGGUCGUCUUAAUCUUACUUUCAGGCAGUUCUGAUGAACUGUUAAGCUGUCCUGUUGCAACCCUGCCUUAUGUAAUUGCAGUGUCUGCAAGUAUGAACUUAAAUACAAGUUAAUAGUGCAUUCCUCGUAA